AUGCAAUCCGAAUUAUACUCCUCCACCUACGGUAAAGGUAAUGUCAAAUUUUUAAAAGUCAAAAAAGAUCCAUCCAACCCCACUGUGCAAGAUGUUCUUGAAGCUAAUGUCCAGGUUUUGUUGAGAGGUAAAUUUGAUGAAUCAUACACCAAAGCUGACAAUUCGUCAAUUGUUCCUACUGAUACUGUUAAGAAUACUAUUUUAGUUGAAGCCAAGACCACUGAUGUUUGGCCCAUUGAAAGGUUUGCUGCACAUUUAGCUAAACAUUUCACCAGUAAAUACGGACACGUUGAUGGGAUUGAAGUUACCAUUAUUCAAGCCAAAUGGUCCAAGAUUAGAUUAGAAGGUAAAGAGCAUGCUCAUUCAUUCAAGCACGAAGGGCCAGAAACCAGACGUACCUAUUUGAACUACGACAAACACACCAAGAAAUUACAAUUGUCUUCUUCAAUCAAAGAUUUGACGGUGUUGAAAUCAACUGGUUCGAUGUUUUAUGGGUACAAUGUGUGUGACUACACCACUUUACAACCUACCAAAGAUAGAAUCUUGUCUACUGAUGUCGAUGCUUCGUGGACAUUUGAUCCGGCCCAAAUCACUACUUUGGAAGAUAUAUUAUCACAACCAAAAUUGUUUGACACCACAUACAACACUGCCAGAGAUGUUACAUUAGAAUUGUUCUGCAAAGAGAAUUCUCCAUCGGUCCAAGCCACCAUGUACAACAUGUCUCACAAGAUUUUGGAAAAUGUUAAAGAGGUUGGUACCGUUACCUAUGUUUUACCAAAUAAACAUUAUGUAUUGUUCAAUUUGGAAUGGAAAGGUAUCAAAGACAACAAAGACUUGUUCUAUCCAUCGCCAGAUCCAAAUGGUUUGAUUAAAUGUACUGUUGGUAGAAAAGGUGACAAAGCUAAGUUUUAG